AUGCCGCCCAAGAGCCAGCGCGACCUGUCAGGGUACCAGUACUCGGCCCUGUCAUCGUUGGUCCUUAGCGCUGGUCGUAGGCAGGGUGAGAAUGAGCCUACAGGCGAGGCGGAAUCGCUUGUGGGUCGUAUUGACCCCAAGGCCAUGGGCUCGCGUGUAGCCCGGACGCAAGUCACAGACGUCGAGAAAAAGAAGCGCAAGGCGGCUGAAAAUGACGAGUUGGUCGUAUCCAAGAAGCGUGCGCAUGGUGCAGGGGCCGGCCAGUACGCAAAUGUGCUGCAAGCCAGUGCAGAGUUAGACGGUUUGCGCUACUUGCCGCGCACGGACGAGACACGUAAUGUAUAUGAGCUCAUUCUCAGCAUGGUGCAGUCCGCGCUGGGUGAUCAGACAAGCGAAGUUGUUCGGUCUGCGACAGAUACUGCGCUUGAGGUCCUGAAGGACGAAAAUAUGCGUGACCUCGAUAAGAAGCGAGAGAUGGAAAGCUUCCUGGGCCCUCUACCGGAAGAGACCUUCAGCCAAUAUGUGAACCUUAGCAAGCGUCUCACUGACUAUGAGGAAGAAACAGCAACGGCGCCUGAUGCUGCCAAUGUUGACGGUGAGGCUGGUGUGGCUGUGCUCUUUGACAAUGAAGAGGAAGAAAGCAAUCCAGACGAAGAGACGUAUGUCGUGCGUGAAGAGUCAGAGGAUGAUGACGAGGAGGACGACAAUGCAGAGCCCAAGGAGGAGCAGGACGAUGAAAAUGUGCCUGGCGAAGACGAUCUCGUGCUUGGUGACGAAACAGAGACGGAUGCCAAUGCCCUCUCUGUCCACGAUGUGGACGCCUACUGGCUGCAGCGUCUCUUGAGCACGCCAUACCCUGAUGCCAUGGAGGCCAGUGAGAAGGCGGAUGCUGCGCUGGAGAUUCUCGGUAGUGCGUCGGAUAUGCGCGAUUGCGAAAACAGCUUGAUGGAGCUGUUUGACUACGAUCACUUUGAUAUUGUACAGACGCUGACCAAGAACCGCGAUGUAAUUUACUGGUGUACACGUUUGGCACGAGCGAAAGACGACGAUCGUAUGGACUUGGAAGUAGCCAUGCGUGAGAAGAACGUCGGAUGGAUCCUUAAACGAUUGGCUGGCGACGCGGCGAAGCCGGCGCUGGGCGCGGAUGACUUGGAAGCUGCGAAGCGGGAAGCCCAUCGUCUUACGUCGCGUGCGACCUUGGCACCCGGUUCGAUGGCAGCACCACGAGGUACAGUGGAUUUGGAGGCGAUGGCUUUUAGCGAGGGUGGCCACUUGAACACGAACCCGAAAGUGCGUCUGCCUGCGGGCAGCUUUAAGCGGACGAAGAAGGGGUACGAAGAGAUCCAUAUUCCAGCCCCAGAGAAGCGCACUGUAUCGCCCGAUGAACUUGUGCCGAUCAGCCGACUCCCUGCGUGGGCGCAGCCUGCGUUUGCGAAUGCCACGACACUGAACCCUGUGCAAUCGAAAUGUUUCCCGGUGGCAUUCGGGAGCGACGAGCCCAUGUUGCUCUGUGCGCCGACGGGUGCGGGCAAGACGAAUGUGGCCAUGCUUACGAUCCUACAUGAGCUAGGCAAGUGGCGUGACGAAGAGACGGGUCAAUGGGACUUGACGGCGUGCAAGAUAGUGUAUGUGGCGCCGAUGAAAGCGCUGGUCGCAGAGCAAGCGAACAAUUUCCGCUCCCGCUUGACGCAGUAUGGCGUUGUGGUCAACGAGCUCACGGGUGACAGUCAGCUGACCAAAGCACAGAUUGCAGAGACGCAUAUUAUCGUCACGACACCGGAGAAGUGGGAUGUGAUUAGCCGUAAGAGCUCGGAUACCUCGUAUACCAACCUGGUGCGCCUGAUCAUCAUUGAUGAGAUCCAUCUUUUGCACGAUGACCGUGGUCCUGUAUUGGAAGCCAUUGUGGCGCGUACCAUUCGGCGAAUGGAGCAGCUGAAUGAUCCUGUGCGUAUUGUGGGUCUGAGUGCGACGCUGCCGAACUACGAAGAUGUGGCGGCGUUCUUGCGUGUGAACCCGGAGAGUGGUCUGCUGUACUUCCCCGCCCACUACCGACCGUGCCCACUACGCCAGGAAUUUAUCGGGCUUACAGAGACCAAGGCUAUCAAGCGACUGCAGCUGAUGAACGAAGUGACAUACGACAAGGUCAUGGAGCACGCAGGCAAGAACCAGAUUUUGAUCUUCACACACUCGCGUAAGGAGACGGCGAAAACGGCCAAGUUUUUGCGCGAUACCGCAGAAGCGCGGGAAACGCUCAGUUCUUUCCUUCCGCAAACGGGUGCCUCGCGUGAGGUGCUGCGUGAGGCGGCGGACGAGGCAAAGGAUGCCCACCUGCGUGAUUUGCUGCAGUACGGCUUUGGUAUUCACCAUGCCGGUAUGACGCGCUCGGAUCGCGAGUUGGUCGAAGAUCUGUUUGCCGGUAAGCAUUUGCAAGUGCUUGUGAGCACAGCGACACUGGCUUGGGGUGUCAAUUUGCCGGCGCAUACGGUGAUCAUCAAGGGCACCCAGAUCUACAACCCGGAAAAGAGCCGCUGGUGUGAACUCUCGCCGCAAGAUAUGCUGCAGAUGCUUGGCCGUGCAGGCCGUCCGCAGUUCGAUACGGUCGGUGAAGGUAUUAUUAUCACGCAGCACUCGGAGCUGCAGUACUACCUGUCGCUACUUAAUCAGCAGCUUCCGAUUGAAUCGCAGUUUGUCUCGCGCCUCGCCGACAAUCUCAAUGCGGAAAUUGUGCUGGGCACCAUCCGCAAUCGUGACGAGGCGAUUACGUGGCUCGGCUACACGUACUUGUACGUCCGUAUGCUCCGCACGCCUGCGCUGUACAGUGUCACGGCCGACUAUAUGGACGACGACCCGUUCCUGGAGCAGAAACGCUCGGACAUUGUGCACAGUGCGGCGGUGCUUUUGGAAAAAGCUGGGCUGUUGCGUUACGAUCGCAAGACCGGCUUAUUUGUGUCGAACGAGCUGGCACGCAUUGCGUCGCACUACUAUCUUACGCAUACGUCCAUGGGCACGUACCACAAGCACUUGCGCAGCUACACAGGCAUGAUUGAGCUCCUGCGCAUUUUCAGCUUCAGCGACGAGUUCAAGCACCAGAUUGUGCGGCAGGAUGAAAAGUUGGAGAUCGGCAAGCUGCGUGAACGCGUGCCGAUCCCCAUCAAAGAAGGCAUUGAGGAGCCGAGUGCAAAGAUCAAUGUCUUGCUCCAAACGUGGAUUUCUCAGCACUCGCUGGAGGGGUACGCGCUGGCCGCUGACAUGGUCUAUGUCACACAGUCGGCCUCGCGUAUUCUGCGUGCCCUGGUCGAGAUUUGCAUCAUCCGAGGGUACGCACGCACCUCGCGGCAUGCGUUGGAGCUCGCAAAGAUGACGGAGCGGCGGCAGUGGGCGUCCAUGACGCCGUUGCGGCAAUUUGCCGGCGUCGCGCCUGAUCUGAUCCGCCGCCUGGAGCGCAAAGAGUUCCCAUGGUCGCGCCUGCGUGACUUGGAGCCGAAUGAGAUGGGCGAAUUGAUCGGCAUUCCACGAGCUGGGCGCCUUUUGCAUCGUCUCGUGUUCCAGUUCCCGCAUGUCGAUAUGCAGGCGUACUUCCAGCCACUUACGCGCUCCCUGCUGCAAGUGCACUUGACCAUCACGCCGGACUUUGAGUGGGACGAUCGUGUGCAUGGCGGUGCACAGAGUUUCUGGUUGUGGGUCGAGGACGUCGAUGGCGAAACGAUUCUCUUUUACGACCAGUUUGUGCUCCUGCGUCGGUAUGCGACGGACGAGCACCAAAUCUCGUUUACCGUGCCGCUCACAGAGCCUUUGCCGCCCAACUACUACAUAUCGUUGGUAAGUGAACGAUGGCUGCACAGCGAAGUGCGUUUGCCCAUCUCGUUCAAGCAUUUGAUUUUGCCGGAGAAGUUUGCGCCGCCCACGCCGCUGCUGGAUCUGCAGCCCCAACCUCUAUCCGUACUGGGCGGCUCCGUCGCGGCAACGUACGAGUGGCCCCAUAUGAACCGCGUCCAGACGCAAGCGUUCCAUGCGCUGUACGAGACGGACGCGUCGGUCCUUCUAGCAGCGCCGGUGGGAGCAGGCAAAACGUUCUGUGCGGAGCUGGCACUGUACCGCUUAUGGCAGCAGGGAGGAGGACGGGCGGUGUGCAUUGUGCCGUACGUCUCCAUGGUCGCCCCACGGUUGGCGCUUUGGAAAGCACGGUUUGCUGACAAGACGGUAUCGGCCCUUGCGGCGGAGACCAGUACAAAUUUGCGCCUCCUCGAGACGUCCGAUGUGAUUAUCGCUACGCCCGAACAGUGGGAUGUACUAUCACGACGAUGGCGGCAGCGCAAGAAUGUGCAACAAGUGCGUCUGUACAUCUUUGACGAUCUGCACCUGCUGAGUGAUGCGUGGAUGGGCGCGACGUACGAAGUGGUAUGCUCGCGUGCGCGUUUCAUUGCUGCGCAGACAGGUACAGACACGCGCUUUGUCGGUCUGUCGGCGCCGUUGGCGAAUGCGACGGACGUGGCGGAAUGGCUGGGCGCGACGCAGACCAUCAACUUGGCGCCCAGCGCCCGCCCGAUCCCGAUGGAAGUGCACAUUCAGCCUUUCAGCAUUCCUCACUUCCCCUCGCUGAUGAUUGCGAUGGCCAAGCCUGCGUACGUCGCGAUCAUGGAGUAUGCACCGCAACAGCCCGUCCUCAUCUUUGUGCCUACACGCAAGCAGACCAAGCUGACCGUGGACGAUAUCCUGUCGUAUGCAUUAGCGGACAGCGAACGCGAUGAAGAGGGAGCCGAGUCCCGAUUCCUGAACAUGGACCGUGACGACUUGCAGCCGCAUCUGGACCGUCUGCAGGACCGUGACCUGGCGGAGUGUGUGGCGCAUGGCAUUGCGUACUACCACGAAGGCCUCAGCAAGUCGGAUCGACGCGUGGUCGAGCGUUUGUUCUCGGCAGGCGCCAUUCAGGUCAUGGUCGCGAGCAAAGAUACGGUAUGGAGUUUGCCGGUGAGUGCGCACCUGGUCCUGCUGCUCUCGCUGCAGACGUAUGAAGGUCGUGAGCAUCGCUACGUGGACUAUACGCUCACAGAUAUGCUGGAAAUGGUGGGCAAGUGCACAGUGCCGGGCGAAGACGGACAUAGUCGCUGCAUGCUAUUCAGCCAGGCCAACCGCAAGAACUACUUCAAGAAGUUCCUCGCGGAAGGUCUGCCUUUGGAGAGUCGGUUGGCAGCGUAUACCCAAGACUUCCUGAAUGCUGAGAUCGUCUCCCGUACCAUCGAAGACAAGCAGGGCGCUGUGGAUAUGCUUACGUGGACGCUGAUGUACCGCCGCCUGCAAAAGAACCCGCAGGCGUACGGAUGCCAGGGCCGCGAUAUGCAGCACAUUGGUGACUUCCUCUCCGAGUUGGUCGAGAGUACGCUGGGUGAGUUGGAGCAGAGCAAGUGUAUUGCGGUGGAGGACGAGAUGGAUGUGAGCCCCCUCAACCUAGGUAUGAUCGCAAGCUUCUACAAUGUGAGCUACGCGACGAUCGACGUAUUCCACCUAUCGCUCAGCAGUGCGACAAAGCUGCGCGGUAUGCUGGAAAUUGUCUCGAGUGCGAGUGAGUUUGAAAACGUCCCGAUUCGGCACAACGAAGAUGUACUGCUGCGACGUAUCUACGACCGCGUGCCCCUGAAACUCGAUAAGAUCAACUUUGAGAGUCCACAUCACAAGGUGUUUAUCCUGCUACAGGCCCACUUCUCGCGUCUCACACUGCCGGCCGACCUGGCGCAGGACCAGCGCGAGAUUCUCGAUCGUGUCCUGACCCUCCUCAAUGCAUGUGUCGACGUGAUGAGCUCGGGCGCUAUGCUGAAUGCCAUUGUCGCUAUGGAACUGAGCCACAUGUGCGUCCAAGCGGUAUGGGAUCGUGAUUCGCCCUUGCGUCAAGUCCCGCACUUCACGGCAGAGACCAUUGAGCGGUGCCAGAAGCGCGGCAUUGACGACGUGUACGCGUUGGCCGAUGCACUGCCAGAUAUGUCGGACAACGAACGGGAUGACUUGCUCCGGAUGAGCAAGCGUCAGUUGGCAGAUGUCGCAAGGCUUACGAACGAAUUCCCGUACAUCGAAGUCCAGUUCGACAUUGAGGAUCGUGCGUCGCUCGAUAGUGCGACGCCAAUUGUGCUGCAUGCUACGCUGGAGCGCGAUAUGGACGAAGAGGACGACGAAAUGCCGGACCCCACGGCCAUUGCGCCAUUCUAUCCAUCGCCGAAGAUGAUGGCUUGGUGGCUAGUCGUUGGCGAUCCAGGCACACGGAACUUGCUCAGCAUUAAGCGCAUUACAUUUGCGCGAUCGCUGCAAGUGCGCUUGGAGUUCCAUUUGCCCGCAGGCACACACGAUCGGCUGAAGUUGUACCUGAUGAGCGAUAGCUACGUGGGCGCCGACCGAGAACUCGACGUGCCUGCGCUGCACGUGGCGCAGGGUGAAGAGGACUACGACGAAGAGGACGAAGACGAUGACGAUGACGAUGUAGCCAUGCCAGAUGCAUAG